AUGGAUGAAAAUCAGCCAUUUAAAUAUAUAGAAAAAAUUGUCCUUGAGAUUCUCAAUCGUCCUCGUUUCUGGUUUCAUCAAUGGCGUGUUCGUCGUCGGAUAGAGAAAUUUCAUAUUGAAAAAUUUAAUGCCAAAGAAGCAGCUUAUGCUUUUCUUAAACAAUAUGAUGGAAAAGCUUUUGUUAAAGCACAAAAAUUUACUGUUCGAUAUAAUAAUCAAGAAUUACGUCUUUGUGUGCGUGAUAUUGUUUAUGGAAAAAUCGCUGAAAAUUCGAAAAGAAUUUCUAAUUCAAUGGUUGAAUUUGUCUAUCGAAGAAUUUUAUUUAGUGAAAUUAAAUGGCCAGCAGUAACAAUAAAUCGAAUAUGUCGAGUACGAUGGGCUAAUGAUAAUAAUGAAAUAGUGAAUUUACCAGAUAAUCAUAAUUUAUCAUUUAAUGAAGAUAAUGAACGAAUUGUCCCAUGCAUAUUAUGCAAUAAUUCCAAUGAUGAUCAGUCAUUAUCAAUAGAUUCUGCUUAUAUGAAUGAUAUGAAUCUUUUAUGUGAGAAUUGUCGUGCUCGUCUAUCCGUUUCCAAUCUAGAAAAAUUGAGUAAUGAUUAUAAUUAA